CGGCCGCUCCUCCCCGGUUCCCGCCACCUGCCCGGGUGAAAGGGGCGCUGCUGCGAGCCCCCGGGCCUCAGGGUGCUCCGGGGAGCGGCGCCCCGGGUCUCCGGGCCCACCCGCCCCGGGCCCCGGGCGUCCUCCGAGAGUAGGGGCUGCGCCCGCGGGGUCUGACACCUGUUCGGCCCGGCCCGGCGUGGUCGCCGGGGGCCAGGAUGAAAGUGACCGUGUGCUUCGGCAGGACGGGCAUCGUGGUGCCCUGCAAGGAGGGCCAGCUGCGCGUCGGCGAGCUCACCCAGCAGGCGCUGCAGCGGUACCUGAAGACCCGGGAGAAGGGUCCUGGUUACUGGGUGAAGAUUCAUCACUUAGAAUAUACAGAUGGAGGAAUCCUGGAUCCAGAUGAUGUCUUGGCAGAUGUUGUUGAAGAUAAAGACAAGCUGAUUGCUGUGUUUGAAGAACAAGAACCACUCCACAAGAUUGAGAGCCCCAGUGGAAACCCUGCAGAACGGCAGAGCCCAGAUGCUUUUGAGACAGAAGUGGCUUCCCAACUGGCUGCAUUUAAACCAAUUGGUGGGGAGAUUGAAGUAACCCCUUCUGCUCUAAAACUAGGCACUCCACUGCUGGUGAGGAGAAGCAGUGACCCAGUGCCAGGCCCUCCUGCUGAUACCCAGCCAGGCGCUUCACACCCUGGUGGCCAGAGUCUGAAACCGGUUGUUCCAGAUUCCACGCAGAACUUGGAAGAGAGAGAAGUUAUGAAUGGUGUACAGACAGAACUAACAUCACCAAAAACUAAGGACACAUUGAGUGAUAUGACAAGAACAGUGGAGAUUUCUGGGGAAGGAGGCCCAUUGGGAAUACAUGUAGUGCCCUUCUUUUCAUCUCUGAGUGGAAGGAUUCUAGGACUCUUCAUCCGAGGCAUAGAAGAAAACAGCAGGUCCAAGCGGGAGGGACUAUUUCACGAAAAUGAAUGUAUUGUAAAAAUCAACAGUGUGGAUCUCGUAGACAAAACGUUUGCUCAGGCUCAGGAUGUCUUCCGCCAGGCAAUGAAAUCCCCAAGCGUGCUCCUCCACGUGCUUCCUCCGCAAAACCGUGAACAGUAUGAAAAAUCAGUCAUUGGACCUCUUAACAUUUUUGGUAACAAUGAUGGCGUUUUGAAAACCAAAGCGCUGCCUCCUGUCCAUGGAAAAUUGGGACUAAAGACAGCAAAUCUCACAGGAGCCGAAAGUCCUGAAACAGAUGCAUCAACUUGCCUGCAACAAAACAAGAGUCCCCGAGUACCAAGGCUAGGAGGAAAACCAUCCUCUCCCUCACUCUCCCCUCUCAUGGGAUUUGGCAGCAAGAAAAAUGCAAAGAAAAUUAAGAUUGACCUAAAGAAAGGCCCUGAAGGACUUGGUUUCACUGUGGUUACCAGAGACUCUUCCAUACAUGGUCCUGGUCCCAUUUUUGUAAAAAACAUUUUACCAAAGGGCGCAGCAAUAAAAGAUGGCCGCCUACAAUCAGGGGACAGAAUUUUGGAGGUAAAUGGGAGAGAUGUCACCGGAAGAACCCAGGAAGAGCUUGUGGCCAUGCUCAGGAGCACCAAGCAGGGGGAAACAGCAUCGUUGGUCAUUGCCCGCCAAGAAGGACAUUUUCUGCCCCGAGAGUUGAAAGGAGAACCUGACUGCUGUGCACUCUCCCUGGAGACAAGCGAGCAGCUCACCUUUGAGAUCCCCCUGAAUGAUUCAGGUUCUGCUGGCCUUGGGGUGAGCUUGAAAGGGAACAAAUCCAGAGAAACUGGAACAGACUUGGGGAUUUUUAUCAAAUCCAUCAUUCAUGGAGGCGCUGCUUUUAAGGAUGGUCGUCUGCGAAUGAAUGACCAGCUGAUUGCAGUUAAUGGAGAAUCUCUUUUGGGAAAAUCCAACCACGAAGCUAUGGAAACACUUAGGCGGUCAAUGUCCAUGGAGGGAAACAUCCGAGGGAUGAUCCAGUUGGUGAUUUUGAGGAGGCCAGAGAGACCAAUGGAGGAUCCUGCAGAGUGCGGGGCAUUUUCCAAGCCAUGCUUUGAGAACUGUCAAAAUGCUGUAACCACCUCUAGGCGAAAUGAUAACAGUACCCUGCAUCCACUUGGCACUUACAGUCCCCAAGACAAACAGAAAGACCUAUUGCUGCCCAAUGACGGAUGGACCGAGAGUGAAGUUCCACCUUCUCCAACACCACAUUCUGCUCUGGAAUUGGGCCUCGAAGAUUACAGUCACAGCUCUGGGGUGGAUUCAGCAGUAUAUUUUCCAGAUCAGCACAUCAACUUCAGAUCUGUGACACCGGCCAGGCAGCCUGAAUCAAUUAAUUUGAAAGCCUCGAAGAGCAUGGACCUUGUGCCAGAUGAAAGCAAGGUUCACUCAUUGGCUGGACACAAAUCGGAAUCUCCAAGCAAAGAUUUUGGUCCAACUCUGGGUUUGAAAAAGUCCAGUUCCUUGGAGAGUCUGCAGACUGCGGUGGCCGAGGUCCGGAAGAAUGACCUUCCUUUUCACAGGCCCCGGCCGCACAUGGUUCGAGGCCGAGGCUGCAAUGAGAGCUUUAGAGCAGCCAUUGACAAAUCCUACGAUGGACCCGAAGAAAUAGAAGCUGACGGUCUGUCUGAUAAGAGCUCUCACUCCGGCCAAGGAGCUCUGAAUUGUGAAUCUGCCCCUCAGGGGAACUCAGAGCUAGAGGACAUGGAAAAUAAAGCCAGGAAAGUCAAAAAAACGAAAGAGAAGGAGAAGAAAAAGGAAAAGGGCAAAUUGAAAGUCAAGGAGAAAAAGCGCAAAGAGGAGAAUGAAGAUCCAGAAAGGAAAAUAAAGAAGAAGGGCUUCAGCGCCAUGCUGAGGUAUGGUCCUGCUUUGAAGGCAAAGUUGGGUUUGUUUCUCAUUUUGUCUCUCCUGGUGAAAUCACUCCUUUGUCUGUACCCAGAAAAUAGUGGAUACUUUCCCUCAUAUUCAGCUAAAUGCAUACAGCUCUCAACUGUGACUGUACUUGUUCUCUUUCUGCAGAGGCAGAGGAGCUUUUUGGGGAACCUCACAGUGAUGACAGGACACUGUCUUAAGUUUGUUGUCAAAGAAAGGUCAACACUGCCAGGCACGGAGGCUUAUGCCUGUAAUCUCAGUAUUUUGUGGGGCUGGGAGGAUUGUUUGAACCCAAUUCAAGAGAGUAUUUCAUUGUAUUAUCAUAUGAAACUCACGUACAUCUUUGCUACCUGUUCUGUAUUUUUCAGGAUUGGAGCAAAACAUCAGGAGCUAAGGGAAAAGCAGGCAAGAGGUCUUCUUGAUUUUGCUACUGGUGCAAUUGGAUCAGUAUACGAUAUGGAUGAUGAUGAAAUGGACCCCAAUUAUGCCAGAGUGAACCACUUUCGGGAACCAUGCACAUCAGCAAAUGUCUUUAGAUCUCCAUCUCCCCCUCGAGCUGGACCAUUUGGUUACCCUCGGGAUGGCCGUCCACUGUCUCCAGAAAGAGACCACUUAGAGGGUCUCUAUGCGAAGGUCAACAAGCCGUACCAUCCACUGGCUCCAGCUGACAGUGGCCGACCCACAGGUGGAAGCACUGACCGUAUCCAGAAGUUGCGGAAAGAGUAUUAUCAGGCUCGGAGGGAAGGUUUCCCUUUAUAUGAAGACAGCGAAGGAAGAGCAAGGCCAUCUGAGUAUGACCUUCUCUGGGUGCCUGGAAAGGGUCCAGAUGGGAAUGCACACAACCUCCGCUUUGAAGGGAUGGAGAGGCAGUACGCAUCCUUACCCAGGGGAGGACCCGCAGAUGCUGUAGACUAUCUGCCAGCAGCACCUCGAGGGCUCUACAAGGAAAGGGAGCUUCCCUAUUAUCCAGGGGCUCAUCCUAUGCACCCUCCCAAAGGGAGCUAUCCCCGCCCCACAGAGCUGAGGGUGGCAGAUCUCCGGUAUCCUCAGCACUACCCACCUCCGCCUGCUCCGCAGCACAAAGGACCCUUUCGACAAGACGUCCCGCCUUCCCCUCCCCAGCACCAAAGAAUGCCAGCCUAUCAGGAAACGGGCAGACCAGCGCCCCGCGGGGGCAGCCCGGACCAGUACCCUUACCGAACCCAGGAUUCCCGGCAGAAGAACCCCAUGACUGCAGCCGUAUAGCCGAGUGCCACGGAGGCCAACCCAGCCCAGAAAGGAAGGUGUCUACACUACUUUUGCCCUUUCUAGACCUGAAGACCUCCUUGGUGUUAGGAAUUCUCCACAGGACUGAUUAGCGUUUUCUCACUGACGUUGUAACGCUUGACUGCUAAUCAGAGGGGAAAAGAAGGGGAAGGGGAUUGGGGAGGAAAAAAAUCAGAAGGAAGAUGAAAGAUGGAGCUAUAAAAACAAAACUACCUGCUAGUUGAAACAUUUUCAGAGUUGUUCAAAUCGGUGAGAGCGGCAGCAGAACACACAAACAGCUAACAGUGGAGCUCUACUCUGGGGAGCCUCCCUGACUAGUUAACCUGCCUGAUGUACAGACACGUGGACACCCCGCGCCCCGCCAGCAUGAGAUUGGCGGUCCAGAGGCAGUCUCUGCCAGGCAGCAUUACCCGCUCAGAGGUGGAGUCUCAGCCCCCUUAUUAGAGCUGUGAAGUCUAAGGAGUGGCAGAGUAGACAGAGAUAGGAGCAUCUGAAGUGAGUAUAGACUUUUUUUACUGAGAAAAAAAACAAAAGCAAACAUGACUAGUGAUCUUGAAAUAUUUUGUACCGAGAGAAAGACUGCAUUUCUUUACUUGUAGAAUUUCUCAGGUUCCCGAUACUACUCAUUUGAUGUAAACAUUUCAUGUUUCCUAACUUUUGAUAUGAAAGUCAGUAAAAUGCAGUAUUAGUCCUGGGAGAAUGUGCACAGCUGGUCAGAGCUUCCAGGAGUAUCUUCCAAGGACCAAGGUGAUCAGGUUAAGAGGGUUCAACAUCCCACACCCCUCACCUUCCUCCCUCUCACAUUCCAGGCAUAGAGAUAUCUGGUUUCAGAGUCAGCCCCAAAUCUCCUGCCUAGAAUUACUUUAACUGGGGUCUCUACUUUAAGGUUCCCACUUGAGGGCUAAAAUGUAGUUAGGAAAAAGAGGGCCACUGGGGAGGUCUCACAGGAGGCAGUGCCCUGGAAAUGCCAAGUCCAGACUCAGUGCCAAGUGGUAACCAUCUGCACUCGGGGAUGGUGAGGAGCUGACCGUGGCCUCUGGAAACUGAUGACCAGCAGGUAUUAGAUGGAAGGAAAUGAGGAAGAGAGAGAGAGAGAGUGUGUGUGUGUGUGUAUGUAUGUGUGUGUUUGAACACAUAUGAUUGCCAGUAUGGAGAAUCAAAGAUUGAUAAUGCUUUCUGGAGAGUUUGAUGCAAAAGCGGGGGAAAAUGGAGGGAAAGAGAGAAAAGGCAUUAAGACUAAAUUCACCUGCAUUUGCUAUAUUUCAUUAACUAAAGUCAGGUCAGCGCAGGGCCAAGGCAUCCAAUUGGAAAAGGACAGUGUUGUGGCUUUAAAAAGCUGAAACCCCACCCUCUAAGUUGAACCAACCUAUCACAAUGUUUUCUGAGCUUUGCAGUAAUUUUCUAUGAAAACUAAAACCUCUAAAAUAUACAACCUGGCCCAAAUGAGAACACAAAGAAAAGAUGUGGAAGACAGUGAAACCUGAGCAUUGGUUUGAACCGGGCAGUGACGCUUGAUAUACUUUAAGCCUUUUCACAUUCCUUCUUUAUUCCCUCCAAAAAAAAAAAGUCUUGAGUUUAAUUUAGGUCUAUUUUGGCUGAGAUUAGCAUACCUCUGACUCACAGGAUUUAAUAAAUUAUAGUAUUAUUGAAUACAUAGGACAUCCCUCUACCCCAGCCUACUCUUUAAUUUAAAAUAGAAUUCUCUUACCAAGAAGGAUGCAACUGCUAGUUUUAGACAUAAAUAGUGUUAGAUACUGGACUUUGCAAUAUUGUUUUCUUAACUACAGUUUACUAUGGCCCUGCUGAAAACAGACUAUCAAGUUUUUUGUCUCUGUUCUGUCAUCUCUGUUAAGCCAGGCACCUUUAGAUUGUUUGCAAUUUGUUCCAAGCGGUUGAGGAUCUCAGGCCCUGCUCACCUGAGGUGGAGUGCAGGGGAGCUACGGGUUUCCCUGCUGGCCUGCUCAAUGCUACCUUCCCCUCAAGCUAAAUACACCUUAAACAAGAAAAUGAUAAUAUGAGGGAUGCGUAACUUGUUUUGAAGCAUUAAAAACCAGCAGCUCUUCAGUAGGUUCCAUAUUUUAACCAAACUACUGUAGACUACUAAACAUAGCCAAGCCGGAACUUUCCUUCUGGAUUAAGCCUAGGCCACUUGAGGGGCAGCCAGGCGUGAUGGUGUCAGGUGAGAAUCCUGUGUCUUGAAGGAGUGGCCUUUGCAGGAAGAGUGCCCAUGUUUUCACCUGCGGUGUUGCCACCGGAGUGUGCAGUACCUCCUGCACACAGGCUCAGGGUAAACUGCUCCAAAACUGGGUUUUGUGUUGUAUACAAAGUCAGUAAAAUAGUUGCUAAUCCUGAGUGGCAGCCAGUGAUGUGAAGGUACUAUUAAAGUGAACAAAAACUAGAUUGCAACAGUUUUCUUUGCUUGCUUGAAGUAUAACACACGCUCUAUUUGAUCCUGCCUGAAAGAAGCUAACAUUAUAUUUGUGACAGACAGAGGCUCCAUCAAGCCGAGCAACAAUUAACAGCUCAAAUGUAAGAUUUAUAAAUGCCUGUGUACUCACCCUUCAACUGUUACCACCCAGAGGUUACAGGACUCUUUCCCAGCAUUUAGGGGAACAGGUUUUUAGAGUAUUUAGAAGACCAGGCUAUAAUCAGUAAUGUGCCUGGUAGCAGGAAAUAGCUCCCAAUGUAUUUAUGGCCUUGGGAAAACUCAAUCUGGUGUCUCCGUGUAGCUCAGAACACUAAUAGCCCCCCUGGAAGAGCGUGGCGCAUUGAGCCCCAAACCCAAUCAACAUCCAUCCACUUGGCUGCAGACCUGACCGCUGGGUCAUGAAGGCCGUGAAAUGAUGUCUGCCCUCAAGUCACUAGGUAUUUUAAGAAGCCCUAUUUUUCUCCCUUUUUGCAGGAGUAGAGAUGAAAGAGGACAGACCAUUGAAAACUUUUAGAUGCAGGAGAAUUGAGACUUCCACAAGGGAGAGAAACAGCCUCCCCAGAAUCCAUUAUGCCAUCGGGCGGUGGCACUCACUCUUGCCAUAGUGCCGUUUCCUCACAAUAUCAAAUCAGCGGAUGAAAUACAAGCUCAGAGACAGGAACAUUUUCUUAAAUCAUAACCUAAUAGCCAACAAAAAUUGAAAAAACAAUUAUUCUGAAGCUCAUUAUUCUUAGAUCUGUAGGUAUAUAUGUGUUGACCCCCACAGGAUGGCACCAAGUAAAGAUCUUAAGAGCAUGGUAGGGGUUCUCAGACGGACUGUCACCCGUGGAUCCUGAUGGGGAAGAAUGGAGGCUUCACUGUAGCUAUAGUUUUCCACCAACUCAAUCAAAUUAAAACGUGACUCAUUAUCCCUUCCAAAGAUUCAUAAAAUUCUUGAACUAAAGUGAUCUUCUGAAGAAAAGCCACCUCACAACGUUAGGAGGCUCAUAAAGCUCAUUUCUCUUUUCCCUGGCAUGCAAAAAUAUCAAGCCUAUAAAGAGUAAUUAUUUCCCCAAACCUGUAACCACUGCAUUCCUUUUCUUUGGAGGAACAUUGGAGCAUUUCAGGAGUGUAAAGAGAUCUAAAGAGUUUGGUCUGAAUGUGUGUCUGUACAACUCCCUUUGGCAUUAAACUCUGAAACCUACAAUGAAUGGCCUUUAAAUUGGGAGGACACCCUACUGCUUUCCGAGUCCAUGAGCAACAGAAAGACUGGUCUUAGUGCAAUUAGGCAGGAGGGAUUUGGACUCAGAAACAGCCACAGGAGUAUUUCUCAGCACUCCCAGUUCCUGCCGACUUAGCUGGAAAUGAUGCCACAGCAAGACCAGAAAGAGGAGUCUCCGUAAGGUAUCCCUACAAAGUCACUUUUCUGAUAAAAAGGUGGGGAAAAAAAGUUAGAUAUCUAAAAUAAGCCUAGAAUCUCACACGCAGCUGUGACUUCUAAGUGAAACUCUUUCUCCCACAUGUCCUUAAAUAGUCACAGAAUCACACACAGCCUGACUUUUAAAGACAGGCUUGGCUACAGGAAAUGAACCAAGCCCAGACUCUUGUAGCCUGUCUCCUGACUGGGCUCCUUCAGAAAGUGCUCUCCUGUUCCAUCUGCAGGGGUGCUUACUACUGGAACCUAAAACAAAACCUGUUGUUUGUCCCGUCACUUUUUCUGGUGUUUCCUAUGCUUUUGUGAUACCAAGUCUGUUCAUAAGUUCUGAAGAUAAAUUAUGUGAAAUCAUAUUUUGGCAUAUGGGGGUGAAGGAUGAAUUCUUUAAAAAGUUUUUAAGAUGAUCUCAUUUGUACCACAGAAAACAUUUUGGAAGUUGUUAUAUAUGAGUAUAUAAAUUUUUCUUGUCAUAUUUUACAUUAAAAUAAAGCUUUAUUCAGUCAUUAA